AUGUUUUUGAGUACAGUACGUUGUGUUGCGAGACGAGUCGCAUCGUUACCAGCAAGUCGAUUGUGCAUAUCCGAAGAAGUUUCCGAGGCGUUGAAUGCUGGUCAUGGCGUUGUUGCUCUCGAAAGCACGGUGAUCACGCAUGGUCUUCCAAGGCCACAGAAUCUCGAACUCGCACGUAAUCUCGAGAAGAUCGUCCGAUCUUACGGAGCCACUCCAGCAACAAUAGGGUUAUUUGAUGGCAAAGUGCACAUUGGUUUAGAUGAUAACCAACUGGAACGUAUCGCAAAUGAUUUUGAUUCAAUCAAAGUUUCACGACGGGAUAUUCCAUAUUGCCUUAUUAAUAAAUUCGUCGGCGGAACCACAGUAGCCGCAACGAUGUAUUUAGCAGAUGCGGUCGGCAUACGAGUAUUUGCAACUGGUGGUUUAGGGGGAGUACACAGGGGAGUGACGGAAUCAUUCGACAUCAGCGCUGAUUUAUUGGAAUUAGCGACAACACCAGUUGCUGUCGUGUGUGCGGGCGUUAAAUCAAUUCUAGAUGUUCCAAAAACUCUUGAGUAUUUGGAAUCGAACAGUGUCGAGGUAAUCGUCUAUGGAAAAACGAUCAAUUUUCCGGGUUUCUUCACGGCUGAAACUAUUUGGAAGGCACACACAUAUACACAAUCGCUCGAAGAAAUUGCUGACAUUAUAAAUUGUAGCCGUGAUAUGGGACUGCCAAGUGCUACAGUAAUUGCGUGCCCAAUCCCUGCUGAGCAUGAAGCUGAAGGAAAACUGAUAAAUGAAGCCAUUGAAGCUGCACUUAUGGAGAGCAGAGAAGUUGGAGUGGACUCGAAAAAUGUCACACCAUUUCUGAUGAAACGAGUCAACGAACUCACUGGUGGAGCUUCCGCUAAAACAAGUAUGUUUUAA